GAACGCCGCUCGGCAGUCUCUCUGCGACCUCCGCAACGCGCGCAAGCGUGCAAGCUCCGCUACAAACAAAACAUUUAUUAACUCGAGUAAACAAAUAUGAUCGCGUGAACAUGUCGUUCUGUAGAAUCACCGGCCGCAGCCGCGGGCUGCCCAAGCCGCACUACUUCCCGGUCCUCGCUCCGAUCUCCCCUGCGGACGCCAAGCGAUGCUGCAGGAUUACCGGCAAAUCCUACGGACUGCCUUCUCAUCACUACAUUCCAGUGCUUUUGACCGCCCGCUCCGGCAGAAAGAAGUGCAAAAUCACCAACGUCGCCGGCGAACUCGGCCCACACCACUACGCUCCAGAAAUUAACUACGGCAACAGAAAACAUGACGUUCUACCGGACUUCAGAUAUAUUUUCCCCGUACUGGACGGCUCGACAGAGGCACAAAAGGCUUUAAUGGAUAUGCUGCUGACGAAACAUGUCAAUGACGACAAACGUUAUGUGUAUACGGUACAAGAAAGAAGAUGCAGUUUAGUGUUCUCCGCUCAAAUGGAGCAGGCAGUGCGCGACGGUGAUGUUAGAGACGUGAUGUUGGCGAAAGAUUCGGACACAGUGCUAAUAAAAACGAAACAGGGCCGCAGUGUCUCCAUGGACUUUAAGGAUUUCACAGAAGACCUUGAAAUGUACGAAGGCGAAGGGCCUAAUGCAGAGGUGCUAUUGCAAAGGGAAAAGGAAGAAUUAGCGGAAAGAAAAAAGAAGAGGAAACGUGCCGCUGGAUUAUCUUCAAUGAAGAAAAUAUUUGAAAACAAAGAAAAGCUGGCUGAAGUAGAAGAGUUGGAAGAGGAAAAGCUUAGGCAAGAACGCCUCUCUAAAAAGGCUAAAUUAGACAAUAAACACGAAAAGUGUGACAUUAAAAGCUUCAGUUGUAACAAUUUCGAUGUGAGCCAUAUGCGCUCUAAGUCAAGUAUAGUUAGUUGCACCGCCGAGUGGACGGAGCGAAUGCAUCCGUUAAUAGAAUCGUGGGACUGGGAGCUGUUUGAAAAGGAAGCGGGUAAUAAACAAGUAAUCCCAACGGCAACCCAAUUGCCGACACCUGUUAAGAUAACCCCGUAUCACUGUGAAGCUGAGAUUUACGAGUCUGAACAAAAUAUUAGCGAUGUGUCGAUUCCGCUGGAAAGUGUACCGUGUGUGAACCCCCUUAAAGUUCCAAAGGAACGUCCGUCCAAAACAAUCCUAAACGCAGUGAAAGAAUUAAGCGAGGAGCGUUUGAAUGAAACAAUGAAUAUCGAAGAGAAAUUACUUUCUGAAAACAAGGUUGACAUGCUUCCGUCCUUGGAUAUAUUACCGGAAGUUAUUAAAAAUAUAAAGAAGGGCAAGAGAGAAAAAAUAGCUAAAGUUUCUGGUCUGACGAUAGACAUAAACAAAGCGAAAAAGUUUAUCCCCGGACAACAUGUCAACACUCCACAGGGUCCAGUAUUUGUUCCGGGCCAGACUGUGGAAACUCCAGUUGGUCCUUUGUUUGUUCCUGGGCUUAGUGUGAAUACGCCCGAUGGCCCAGGGCUUAUACCAGGACAUAUUGUCACUAAUGAAAACACAAACGAACCUUUCUUCCUCGCGGGGCAAGUGCUGCAAACUUCUAAUGGAGAGGAAUUCGUAUGUGGACAAGUAAUGAAAAAUAAGGAUAAUGGACACCGCUUCACAGAAGGUCAAACAGUUGUAUCCGAAGAAGGCUUGAAAUUUGUACCUGGUAAAGUACUACACAGCGGAUCUGAAGAAAUAUUUGUACCUGGCCAAACAAUAAUGACUCCGGAAGGUGUUCAGUUUAUUCCCGGACAAACUAUGACUGAGAGCAAAGGAGUUAUUUUUACACCUGGUCAAAACGCAAAGAUUAAUAAUGACUGGCAGUUCGUGCCAGGACAGGUGGUGCAUCAAGAUGAUGGAUUACAGUUCGUGCCCGGAGCAACAAUAGCGACACCAAACGGACUGAAGUUUGUACCAGGACAAACCGUUUCCACUGACGGUGAAACGAUCUUUGUACCCGGUAUCACAAAAACAACAAGCAACGACACUUUACAAUUCGUUCCUGGCACCACAGUGGAGACAAUCGAUGGACCGAAAUUUAUUGAAGGUCAGAUAGUGCACACCGAAUAUGGAGAAAAGUUUAUGCCCGGCAAAACUAUAAUAGAAACUAAUGGACACGUAGAGUUUUCGGUUGCAAAGUCCGUUGAAGAUAUCACGUUCUCAGAAUCUGCUCCUACCGGAUUACCAAUCGAUAUCAAGACAUGCUCGCUGUCUGAGGAGUCCUUGUAUGUUUUUGGACACAUGGUGCAAACAGCGAAGGGUAUUGAAUUUUACCCCGGCCCAAGAAUGCCGAAUAUUGAUGGCAAAGUUGUCCCCGGUCGGCUCGUUAAGAAUGAAUUAAACCAGUCACGCUUCGUUCCCGGAAUGAUGGUGGAGGGUGUUUUUGUACCCGGACAAAUAGUAUUCACUGAAAACGGAGAACAGUUUGUCCCAGGUCAAGUGGUCGAUACUACUGAUGGACCCAAAUUUGUUCCUGGGCAAGUAGUAAACACAAGAAAUGGACCAAAAUUUGUCCCAGGUCAAACAAUUCAUACUAUUGAUGGGCCUCGGUUUGUACCAGGACAAAUUAUUGAAACGAAAGCUGGCCCUACGUUCAUACCUGGUCAAGUUAUUUCUACAGAAGAUGAAGGAUCAAGAUUCGUCCCAGGUCAAGUGGUUGAUACUGAAGAAGGACCUAGAUUUGUUCCUGGAAGAGUCAUUGAAACCGAUGACAACGGAGUCACAUUCGUGCCUGGACAAAUCGUUCAAACUCCUGAAGGCCUCAAAUUCAUUGCCCCUGAUCUAACAGAAGGUGAAGAAGGUCUUGAAUUCUCCGUACAAAGCUUUAUUGUCACUCCAGAGGAGUUAAAGUUAUUAAAGGUCAAAACGAAUCCAAAUGAUACUACUUCGACUAAAGGAGAGUUGAGUAUUGAUACCAAGAUGUUAAGACAGCUUUCAGAAGCAGGAAUGUCUAUCGGAAGACAAGUACCAGCAGAUUUACCUGCUAUCAGUGUAAUUUUAAACCACACACGUAACGUUGAAGCCUUGAAGGCGUUUGUCACUGAUUAUGGACUUAAAGAUGAAAUAGCAAAUCAAUUGAUGGAUGUGAUUACGUCAAUCAUUGAAAUGAGUGUCCAUUUGAAAUCUGAAUUACACGAAAAUGAUGAAGAAAAAAUAAAUGACAGGAAGAGUAGAGUUAAUAAGAAAAGAUUAGAAAUGCAGGAGACUGGAUAUGGUGGUAAUGACCAAAGUGCACAACAAGAACAUGUUAAAAAUUCUAUAGCGGCAGCAGUCCUGGCUGCUCUAGUCACUGCUGAACAAUUCGAAGACAACAAUAACGGCAGGGAAAAGUAUAAACUAAUUUUAAAAUCUAUUGAUACUAUUUUAGGAAAAACCAUAGACGAAGACUUAGUUUCUGCUAUGUUCGAAAUUUUACAAAAAAAUGAAGACAAAGAAUUCUUGUGUGAAGAAAUAUUGGAAAAUACAACACAGCCAAAAGUAGAAUUGAUCAAAAUUGCAAUUAACAGCUCCUUACAGAAAAAUGCGAUCAGUGAAGAAGACAUAAUUGAGAAAUUCGGUGAUUUCCUAAGCAGUGAACAUGAGGUUUUAGGACCGGCUUUCAAGAAUAUCACUAAAAACGACACAAAUAUCUUACACCAUGUUUUGAGUCAUAUUUCAGACUCAAUCUCGUUUAUCAAAACUGAACAUGAAGCCGCAGAGACACUCCAAAAAGCUAUUGUAGCUGCCGUACAAGAAGCGAGUGCAAAGGAAUUAGAAAUUCUAAUCAAUGACACAGAAAGUAAACAUUUGAAAGAAUUAAUAGUUCAAUCUAUUGGUUUGGCGAAACUUCUCGGAAUGCGCGACGUUGCCGCUACUCUCUUGUCAGUUGCAAACGACGAACAAUGUUUAUCUAAAAUAGCAAGCGACCCAACGAGUCUAAACAUUUUGAAACGCCUGACAGUCAUGCGGAAACUCGCAGACAAAACACCAAGCUUACACUCGGCUUUAAAGAAAUUGGAAACUGACCCAGAACUGGCUCGAACAGAUCCCAAACUACGGGAUCUGGUGAGAGAAAGUGGUGCGCUUAUGAUCGUUCCUGAGGAGCCGGCAUUGAUGACAUCGGCAGAUGUGCCAUUGAGUUUGCUCGAUCCUGAAAAUAGCUUGGCCAUGGAAGAUUUCCUUUUGCAACAUAAAAAGCAUAAAGGGGCUUUAUUAAUAAUGAAGAGAGGUCUCCAAUGUGUUAUUCCUAGAGAAGCUAGCCGAGCUGUAUUGUCCGGACAAGUAGGCUACACAGUUCUUGACGAAAGUGGAAUCAGGCAUUUCGAGCCUUUGAGCGUCUUUUCAGCCCUAAAUUUGAGUCAACCGACAGCACAUCGUUUUUCAAUGUAUAGCUGUCUUAUCGCUGAUAAUCACGAGGAAGAUUCAGAAGACUUAACAGGAUACUGUAAUGGUAUAACUAAUAACCAACGGAUCAGAUUAGGCGGAUGGUCAAGCGGGAGUCGCAGAUACAGCGGCGUUUUACUCGAUAGAGAAAACACUAGGAGUCGGAUGAGUAGUUUGGAUUACACGCCAAGUUACAAACGCUACCCCUCGAGAUCUCUCUCCAGAUCGAGAUCUAGUUGUAGCAGAAGUCCUCCUAAGGUCGAAGACGUAGUGGUAGCCACGACAGACUACACGGCUUCAGCCGACGACGAAGUCUCUCUGAAAGCCGGAGAUAUCGUAGAGGUUCUCGAUACGAAGGCAGCCUUCGGAUCCAAGGCGCGCCUGAACGACCCUGGUUUGGACCUGGACGUGGAACUCCUGGACUCCAGCGCAGCGAAGCACAAAGCCGCAGUCAGGCCUAAGAAGAACCAUCCGAAAGGCAAGAGUGGGAAGACUGAGGAAAGAUGGAUGGUCCGAGUGCUAGAAGACGUGGAUGCUGGCGAGAUCCGAUCUCGACAGGGCCUAGUACCGGCCAGUGUACUCCGAGAUACGAGAUUAGCGGAACGAGAUACCACAGCAUCGGCUGCAAGACGACAAGCUGUGGUCCGCGAGCUAAUCGAGACAGAAGAGGAAUUUGGCCGAGACAUUCAGCAAGUGGUCUCCCAAUACAUGCGUCCUAUGGACAAAGCGACCACGCCCAAACCAGUCUUCGACAACAGGGAACUACUGUUCUCGAACUUUAGGCAAAUUGCUGAGUUCCAUAAUACGAUACUCCUAGAAGGCAUCAAAUACUACGCGAGCGAGCCGCGCAUGCUCGGCCGAGCACUCUUGCGCAUGGAGCGGGAAUUCGACAAGCACGUCGCGUAUUGUCGCGACGAGCCGCGAGCGCAGCAUCUGCUCGCGAACGAUCCUGAGGUGGCCAAAUACUUCCAGGACCUAGCUGACGACCUCGGUGACGACAAGGGCAUCACCGAGCAUCUAAAGCUACCGAUACAGCGGAUCAACGACUACCAGCUACUUCUUAAGGAGCUAGUAAAAUACUCCAAACGCCUCGGCGAAGAUUUCACGGACCUCCAGAAAGCUCUAGAACUCUUCCUUGGCGUUCCCAACCGCGCCACCGACAACAAGUUUAUUGCGAGCAUCGAAGGUUACCGUGGUAAUAUCUUCAAGCUUGGCCGACUUCUCACCCACGACUGGUUCACCGUCACCGACUCCGACGGCAAGCAUAAGGAGCGCUACCUCUUCCUCUUCAAGGCUAGAAUCCUCAUCUGCAAGGUCAAGAGGGUCUCUGAUGAUAGAUCUGUGUUCGUGCUAAAGGAUAUUAUCAAGCUACCGGAAGUCGAAGUAGACGACCUUUCAACAGAACCGCUCAAGUUUAAGCUUCACCAGAAGUCGCCCCCGCUGUCCGUAACUUUAGCGGCCCACAAAGAGCAGGUCAAGCAGAACUGGCUGAAGGAGAUCUUGCAGAAUAUCAGCGACGUCGUUGCAUUAGCUGAACACGCGGCCGAUGACUUACAACUAUUAACACCAGAAGCAGCUACUCCAGCAGAAGUAGCUUCUCCAGAAGCGGCUUCUCCACAAGCAGCUUCGCCAGAGCCAGCAGAAGAGAAGAAGAAAAAGCGAGAGCACGCAAAAGACGCGAAAGCAGCUGAGGUCCAAGAAAAACGGUCAAAAGUUGAAGCUGAAAAGCAGUCUAAGGUUGAAGAUAUAGAAGUUGAAGAAGUUCUCACAAGAGAGCAAUCUCUGCAACAACUAAAAUCCAAGAGAAAGGCAUCUUUAGAAAGCGAGGUAGCCAAAAAACUUUCAAAGACCGAAACCAGUGAACUCCUCAGUGAAGUACAAGAAAUCACCAGCGCACAAAGUGAACUCACAUCAGGUUUAGAAACUAAAUCAUCUGUGAGCCACGAAAGUUCUAAAGUUAGUGAGUCGGUCAAAACUGCUAAGAAGGCGGGUAAGGCAGAGAUUAUAGAAGAAAGUGUUGAAUCAUCAGUUACUUCGAAAUCGUCUGUACGCGUGACAUCACUUGAAGAGAGUACACACGAAAGUAUAGUUCAAGGUUCAACUGUUGAAUCAACUGUUCACUCUUCAUAUGAGGCGAGCUCUGAGAAGCAAUCUGCUCAAUCAUCAUCUGUCGAACAAAAAUCAUCUGUUUCAACUGUAGAAGCUUCCAGAGUCGACCAAACGUCAUCAGAGGCGACGGUUGUCGAAAGAAAAUCUUCACUGAUCUCUGCGUCACAAAAAACUUCAGAAAGGUCUGCUGCUGAGCGAAAAUCAUCGCAGGAAUCAGUUUCUGCUGAACGCAGACUAUCGCAGGAAUCAGUAGUUUCUGCUGAACGCAAAUCAUCACAAGAGUCAGUAGUUUCCGCUGAGCGAAGAUCGUCACAAGAAUCGGUUGUCGAAAAACACUCAGCGCAAGCUAGCGUUGAGAAAACAUCAUUACAAGCGACCACAGAUGAACAAAAAACCACAUCAUCUAGUCAUCUAGUUAAGAAAUCUGUAAUCUCGUCAAAACAAAAAUCACAAGAAUCCGUCCAAAAAACUUCUGCACAAUCUGAAGAAAAAUCUAAAGAGAAAACUGUUCGAGAGAGUGUACAAGAAGGAGCUGCUGUAGAGAGUAAGGCAGAGGUAAAACAAUCCGAACAAAGAUCUGACGAGAAAACUGUCGUUCUAGAGAGUGUAAAAGAAGGAGCUACUGUUGAGAGUAAGGCAGAAGUAAACGCCGCCGGUGGCGUUACUACUACUGAAGAAGGCAACGCAAACGGUCAAACUGUAGAAGAAGACGAAAUGUCGAGAUAUACCCGCAGUUCGCGGCUGUCUGGAGAAUACUCCAGCAGCUCCCGCAAGCUAUCAAGUGGAGGUCGCUACGAAUCCUCCUCCUACGAGAGCUCCGGCUACUCCCGUCGCGAAAGCGGGUCCAUUGAGGGCAGCACCCGCUACGAGUCCGCCAAGUAUUCCAGCUCCAUUGAAGGAAGCAAACAUGGCGUCGAAGGAAGCAAAUAUGGCGUCGAAGGAAGCAAAUAUGGCGUCGAAGGAAGCAAAUAUAGCGUCGAAGGAAGCAAAUAUGACGUCGAAGGAAGCAAAUAUGAAAUCGAGUCCGAGUCCACCAGCAAACUUGACAGCAUCGCUGCCAAAUACGGCCUCGGCAAUGGCACCAGCAGGACUGAAACUUCCAUCGAGUCCAGCCACGAAACCACCAGAAACGGCGAAAGCAAAUACUCCAAGAUCGCCAAUGGCACCAUAAGCACCGGGGAAUACCAGUCAACCAGGGUAAUCAAGUCCGAAUCUCAGGACGGAAAACCGGUAUUCACCAAGACCUUGGAAGGCCAGAAUAUUGAGCCCGGCGAGAAUGCCUCCUUCGAAUGCUCGCUCCGUUCUUCCGAAUCCGUCAAAAUCACUUGGCUAAAGGACAACAAGCCUUUGACGGACCGUCUCAUGGACCGAGUGAACAUCACCAAUGAAUCCUAUGACCAUAAACUGGAGAUUCUGCAUUGUAUGGAAGAUGAUUCGGGAACGUAUACUGCGAGGGCGGAGAACGAUAAGGGGAACUCGCAUUGCACGGCGCAGUUGGUCGUCUCUCAGUUGACAAAUGAGGAACGCAGAGAACGCAACGCUCUGAAUGCUCCGUACUUCAUCGUAGCACUUAAAGAUACUGAGAUCAUGGAGAACACGUAUCUGCGCUUCAUGGUCAAGGUCAAGGGAGACCCCAACCCGGAAGUCAAGUUCUUCCGCGACGGCAAAGAAAUCAAGUCGUCUUCGGAUUCCGACCGCGUCUCCAUCGUUCGCACCCGCGCUGAGAAGGGAUUCUUCGAGCUAGUCAUCGCUGACGUCGUCCCGUCAGAUGCCGGAGUCUACUCCUGCCGCGCUAUGAACAUCUAUGGCGAAUGCUCUACUGAAGCCAAAGUUACUGUCGUUGAUGACAAGAACAUAUUUUUCGAACUGGCGCCUGGUGGUGAAGGUCUUCUGACCAAAGGAGAGAAACCGUCCUUCACGUGGAAGCGAGACGGAGUGGAUUUCGAUCCUGAAGAGAGAUUCAAGGUAUUGCUGGGAGACGACGAGGACUCUCUGGCACUAGUGUUCCAGCAUGUGAAACCAGAAGAUGCUGGACUUUACACCUGCGUAGCCAAGACCUCUACUGGCAACAUCUCCUGCUCGGCUGAACUUACAGUCCAGGGUGCCGUGACCGUCCUCCACCGUGAGCCCGAGAAGCCUAAGCUAGUAAUUGAACACCGUGAGGCGGUUGUUUCUAUCGGAGCGUCGGCCAUGAUUGAGCUCACCUGCAAGGGCUUCCCUAAGCCCGAAAUCGUGUUCAAGAAGGAAGGGAAGGUCGUGGAAGCUGAUGCUAGGCACAAGUUCCUCUAUGAAGACGAUGAGACCAUGUCUCUGGUGAUCAAGAACGUGACGAGCGAAGAUGCUGGCACAUACCACGUUACCGCCUCCAACGAGCUUGGAGAAGAUACUACCACGCUGCACCUCAUUGUCAAGGCCGCGCCUAAGAUUAAGACGAAGAUUGAGAAUCAGACAUGCAUGGUAUCUUCGACCCAUACCGUGACCAUCGAAAUCGAAGGCACCCCGGCCCCAGAAGUGUCCUUCUACAAGGACGGCGUGGAGAUCAAGAGCUCGGAACGCAUCCAGAUAGUCAAAAAGUCUGACGAGGUCUACAAGAUAACUAUUAAGGAUGCUAAGCUGACUGAUACUGGCUCUUACUCCGUCGUUGCUAAAAACGAAGUGAACCAAUGCAGUGACUUCUGGCAAUGGCACGUGACAUCCGCACCCAAGAUCACCAAGAAACUGGGCAAGACUAAGAUAUGUGACGAGAAGGAAACCGUUACCUUCAAAAUUGAGACCGAAGCCGAACCAGCGCCGGAAGUUAAAUGGUUUAAGAACAAAGUGGAGCUGCAGGAGUCUUCAACAGUGAAGUUCUCAUCAUCAGAGUCUGCGCACAGUCUUGUGAUCACGUCAGCUACCAGAGCCGAUUCUGCAGAGUACUCUUGCGAGGUGCGCAACAUCCACGGCACAGUCACAGACGAAUGCAGCCUGAGCGUGCGCGGCGCUCCCAUCUUCACACAGAAACUCAAGGACACUGUCGCGGCUGAAGGUGACGCCAAUGUGGAGUUAACUGUCGAUGUGGUGGCGUAUCCAGAGCCUCAAGUUAAAUGGUACCUAGGCGACGUAGAAAUCUCGGAGAAGAAGUCCGUGUACACCCGCGUGGACAACGGCAGCACGCACAAGCUUAUUCUCAAGGAGGUGACUUCUGAGCUCUCUGGGCAGUACUCUUGCAAAGUUUCCAAUGAUCUGGGUGAAGAUUCCUGCCAGGCAACGUUUACUGUAAAGAGAAAACCCCGCAUCACUAAGAGUCUCGUCGACAUGACGGUGGACAAAGGCCAGACCCUGAAACUGGAGGUCGAAGUGGAGGGCUGCCCAGAACCCAAGGUUAAGUGGUACAAGGAUGGCAAGGAGAUCACCACUGACGCGAGAAUCAAGAUCGAGAGGGAUACUCAGAGGUUAGAAAACUACAAUCUGACAGUGACUCUAGUGAAAGAAGAAGAUGGUGGCGAGUACGAAGUGAGGGCAGAGAACGAGAUGGGCAACGUAUCGUCCAAGAGCACAGUCACUAUACACACAAAGUUAAUACAUACGAGACUAUCAAAGGAAGUUAUCGAAAAUGAAUUAGAAGAAGAAACGAAAAAACCUCUCUUGGAAGAAGAUGUGGUUGAAAAACAGGCAGCGGUAAAAGAUAAAACAAAAGCAGAAACGGCUGAGGAGAAAUCAUUCUGGGAUGAAGAUGAUGGUGCUAAAGCUAAAAAACCAGGAUCAAAAGAAGUCGAUGGUUCGAAACCAGAGAAAGCUAAAAAAUCAGCAACAGAGCCUGAAGUUGCUGAGGAAAAAUCAUUCUGGGAUGAGGAUGAUGGUGCUAAAGCUAAAAAACCAGGUGCUAAAGAUGUCGAUGAUUCAAAACCUGGGAAAGCUAAUAAAUCAGCAACAGAACCCGAAGUUGCUGAGGAGAAGUCAUUCUGGGAUGAGGAUGAUGGUGCUAAAGCUAAAAAACCAGGUGCUAAAGAAGUUGAUGCUUCAAAACCAGAGAAAGCUAAGAAAUCAGCAACAGAACCCGAAGUUGCUGAGGAGAAGUCAUUCUGGGAUGAGGAUGAUGGUGCUAAAGCUAAAAAAUCUAAAGCUAAAGAAGUGGGUGAUUCGAAACCAGAUAAAGCUAAGAAAUCGGUAACGGAACCUGAAGUUGCCGAGGAAAAAUCAUUCUGGGAUGAAAACCACAAUGAAAAGGAAAAACAGCCGAUCAUUGAAGAGGCGGAAGAGAGUCAAGUUGGUAAGAAAGAAGUCACCAAGCCUGAAAUCGUAGAAGAAAUCCCCGUGGAAGAAGAAUUUGUGACUCCUAAAAAAGCUACAAAGAAAUCCGCUCAAGAACCUAUGAGUGCAGAAAGUGAAGGCCGCGUGUUCGAAACAGUAACAACCUUCAAGAGCGGUGGUGAUGGCAGUAUAGUUAUGUCUAAAGUCAGUAGCACCAGGUCUAACGGCGCGAUCAUUACAGGUCCAGCCGAAACUCGAACAUUACACAAAAUGACAUCCACCGCAGUAUAUUACGAUGAUGAUGACUUUAGCAGAAGGAUUAUACCCCCUAACAAACCACAUAAGACAUCUUUAGAAGUAGAAGAGAUUGCUAGUCACAGUUACUUUUUAACUGAACUUGGGCAGUUUAAAAUUCCUGAUCAUGUACGUAGAGGCGUUUACGGUAUCAUUGAAGAACCAGCAACAGAUUCAGAAUGUGAGAAUAGCUCCGUUAGAGGCAGACAUCAAUCCAAUCAGACCAUGUCUAUUAGAUCUGUCUCAGAAGAUGAUACUAGCUGGCAAAAUGAACCACUGUCCAGAGAAAUCUCCAUCGAAGACCUUUCUAAAUCCAUAUUCGAUAUCGAUGAAACUAGAAAAGUUUUCAGCAAAGAUUCAUACGUACGCCAAUCGUCUUUGCAAGAAGAAUAUUUCACUGACGAUGGGGAAGAAUCCUUUGUCGUCAAAGAAACUUCACAGAAAGUCUACGAAAAUGACAUAACAGAAAGACUAAUUAAUAUUUCGAGAGAGUUUGAUGACGAAUGUAGAAACAUUGAAAAUAAAAUUGAAGAUGUCAAAAGUAGGAUAAUGGAGGAACUAGUUCUUUCGCCCUUGAAGAACUUAGAUAACUUAACGAAAAAUGUAACAGAAACAAGUUUUGAAAAGAAGAAAAAGCAUGUUCCUAAUCUUCACGCUGUAGAAGAGGAGGACGACGAACUAGAAGCGCUAUUGAGACGUAGUCAACGGCAAAGGAGUAUACUAGACGAUAUACUUAAUCAAGAAGAUGAAAAAGCGCCCCCCAUAGUCAAAGAUAGCAACUUCAAAGACCAGAGCGUGUACGAGUCUCUCCCUCUGACCUAUUCAAUCACGGCCAUCGGAGUACCCAAACCUACUGUGCGUUGGCUCCACGACGGCAAAGAAGUCAAGCCCUGCAAGCGAGUCCACAUCUCCAACGAAGGGGACGUCUACAAACUCGAGUUCGACAAUCUACUCAUGUCCGAUGGUGGCAAAUGGCAGUGUGAGAUUAGCAACGACGUUGGCAAGAAGGUUCUGAAGGCUGAAUUAUCUGUUGCUUCUGUCAGUGAAUUCCGCAAGCCGAUCUUCACCACGCCCCUCGAAGCCCAGCGUGUGAUGCAACGCGAACCAGUUACCAUGAAGGCUGUCUGCACAGCCGAUCCACAACCUCAUGUGUCCUGGCUGUUGAACGGCGUGGAACUUACCCCUGAUGCUACAGUGGUAACGACCGCUGAUGCGAAGGAAAUAGAGCAUGGACUGAAGGAGUGCACGUUCACUCUUUCUAUACCCACUGGUCGCCACUCCGACACCGGCGUCUACACCAUCCAAGCUAAAAACCAGUACGGCGUUGGUGAGAGCUCAGCGCGUCUGGACAUCUUGCUGCGCCCUGAGAUUGAGGGUCUCAAGGACAUUACUACUACGCCCUACGAGCAGAUCACAUUCGUUGCUUGCAUCCAUGCUAAUCCCAUUGCUGAGGUCAAAUGGAGUAAAGAUGGAGUCGUAAUCCUGCCGUCCGUGAAGAACAUCGAUAUCGUUGAAGAUCGUUUCACCGAGAACUUCCAGCUCACCAUCAAGAAGGUUGGAGUGGCCGAUGGCGGUAAAUACACGUUGACUGCUACCAACGAGUUCGGAGAGACAGCCGCGCACGCUACCCUUACUGUGCACACCGGAGAGCCUAUCUUCACCAAGCCCCUCCAAAAGCAAACAGUCAAAGACCACGAAACCGUGACUCUCAAGGUGCGCUGCGAUGGCGUGCCCAAGCCCGAAGUCCACUGGUUCAAAGACGGACAGGAGAUCAAGAAUGAUGAGAGGCAUAAGAUCACGACGGAGGUUGGGGGACAAGUGGAUAGCGAGCUAGAGAUUAAGGACUUUGAUUCUAGUGAUUCUGGGAAGUACAAAGUUCGCGCCGUAAGCUUGGCAGGCGAAGCGUUCUGCGAAGCUCCCAUCUCCCUCGCACAGUCUGCGGCAGGGUUCGCACACAGACUGGAAAGGCAGAAGGACGUGGAUGAAGGCGAGCCUCUAGAACUCAAGGCCAAGCUGGAUGGCAGCCCUAUUCCCACUGCUAAAUGGUUCAAAGAUGGUAUCGAGCUGUCUCCCUCAGACUCGCGCGUGAAGCAAGUGGCCCUACCCGACGGCACGGUCAAACUGACCAUCGAACAAGUGACCCCUUCAGAUUGCGGAGCCUAUAAGCUAGUGAUCACUAAUCGUAAUGGAGACGACUCUUCUCUAUGUGCCGUUGCAGUAAAUCCCACCCCUCGCAAGCCAUCUUUCAGCAAAGAAUUGGAAGAUGUUAAGGCAGUGGUCGGGCAGCCACUAAAACUGGAGGCGUGUGUCAUGGCCUUCCCUGCACCCGAAGUCAAAUGGUUCAAGGAUGGUCACCCGAUCCGCCCAUCUCAAGCGAUCAACUUCAUCAACCAGCCAGGAGGCAUUAUCGGAUUGGUCGUUGACAGCUGCAAGCCUGAAGAUGCUGGAGUUUACAGCCUCACUGUCACUAACAAGCUUGGAGACAUCAGUUCCAAGGCCAAGGUCGAGGUUGCACAAAAGGAGAAGAAGCCAGCGUUUAUCGCGGAGUUGCAACCGGCGAAGGUUAUUGAGGGCUUCCCUGUAAGAAUGGAAGUGAAAGUACUCGGACAUCCGCCACCAACGAUCAAAUGGACCCACAACGGCAAAGAGAUCGUCCCAGAUGGCACCCACAUCAAAAUCGUGGCCCAGCCUGACGGCACCCACGCCUUGUUAAUCGACAAGGCUACCGCGGAAGAUGGCGGCGAUUAUGGUGUUAUCGCUGUUAACGAUCAGGGAGAAUCGGCGAGCAACGCUAAACUGAGUGUUGCCAGCCGUCAAGACGACUCGUCCCCACAAGAGCGCCCACAAUUCAUUCACGGUCUGCGCGACGUGACUGCCGAAGAAGGGCAGCCCUUCAGCAUCAGCGCGCCCUUCGUUGGCAACCCUAUUCCUGAUGUCACGUGGACUAAGGAUGGUGUGCCUUUGAAGCGUAGUGAAAGGAUUCAGCUCACUUGCGACGGGAAACGGGUGGGCCUGGAGAUCACACCCAUGGAACUCCCAGACGCCGGCGUGUACUCCGUGAAACUCGUCAAUCCUCUUGGUGAAGACACCACGCAAGGCAAGAUUGAUGUCCGCAAGGUGUACCAACCGCCUAGGUUCUCGCAGAAGUUCACUGACUUGCAGCAGCUCCCAACCUUCGACGCGAAAUUCCCCGCACGCGUGACCGGCGUACCAGCCCCAGAAAUCACCUGGUACAAGAACGGAUCUCCUAUAUACGAAUCCGAGAAAUACCACAUAAAACGAGACGGUGACGCAUGCUGUCUCUAUGUGAGGAAUCUGGAGCUUGGGGAUACCGGGACGUUCAAGUGUGUUGCGAAGAACAGGGAAGGAGAGGCUUCGUGUGAAGCGGCUUUAGAGGUUGUGGAUAAGAUUGGCAAGAGGCAAAAGAUUGAACCACCAGCUUUCUUAAAGAAGAUCGGCGACUGCGAAGUAUACCGCGGCAUGGGCGCCAAGUUUACUGCCUGUGCCACGGGCACGCCAGAUCCUGACGUCGAAUGGUUCCGUAAUGGUGAAAAGCUGUUCCCUUGCGAGCGCAUCCGUAUGGAUAAGGAAACCACGGGCCUACUCCGUCUGCACAUCAGUGAUAUUGACCCCAGCGACGUGGGCACUUACAAGUGCCGCAUCUUCAACCCGCAUGGAGAGGAGUCUUGUACCGCCACGCUCUCUUAUGACACCUUGGAGCCUCGUCAGAGCAAGAAACCCAUCUCCGACCAGUACUCAGACUUCGACAAGAUGAAGAAGACCGGCGUUCCCAUGCCGCUGGCCGACAAGCCGAUCAUCUCUCGUAUGACUGACCGAAGACUGACGUUGUCGUGGAAGCCGUCUAUCCCGCACGGACCGAGGUUCCCUGUCACCUACCAGGUGGAGAUGUGCGAGCAGCCGGACGGCGACUGGUUCACGGCUCGCACCGGCCUGCGCUCCUGCGUGUGCGACAUCAGCAACCUGGAGCCCUUCCGCGACUACAAGUUCCGGAUCCGGGUCGAAAACAAAUAUGGCGUCUCCGACCCCUCACCCUACGCUAUCACCCAUCGCUCCAAACUGGAACCUGACCCACCAAAAUUCAUUCCUUAUCUUGAACCGGGCAUCGAUUUCAGACCAGAAACUUCUCCAUACUUCCCUAAGGACUUUGAUAUUGAAAGACCGCCGCAUGACGGUUACGCUCAAGCACCGAGGUUCCUUAGACAAGAAUAUGAUUGCCAGUAUGGUGUGAAGGGGCAUAAUGUUAAUCUGUUCUGGUUCGUGUAUGGGUAUCCGAAGCCGACGAUGACGUAUUACUUCAAUGAUGAGCCGAUUGAGAUUGGAGGGCGGUUCGAUUGGAGCUACACGAGGAAUGGGCAGGCUACGCUUUUCAUCAACAAGAUGCUGGAACGCGAUGAGGGCUAUUACGAAGCCGUGGCCACCAACGAGCACGGACAAACCCGCCAGCGAGUCCGUCUCCAACUGGCCGAGUACCCCACCUUCAUCAAACGGCCUGAAGAAACUGUCGCUCUGCAGCGCCGCAGCGCCAGGAUUGAGGCUAGAGUCACUGGAGUACCUUACCCUGAUAUCAAGUGGUAUAAGGACUGGAAGCCGCUCGCGGAAAGCUCUAGAAUCAAGAUGAAAUUCAUCGAGCCCGACACCACGAUCCUGGUGAUCAACGACGCGAUCCUCAAAGACGAGGGUCUGUACUCCAUAUCUGCGCGCAACGUGGCUGGUUCCGUCAGUUCAUCCGCCAUGCUGUAUGUUGAAGAGGAGGAACAUGUAUAUUCUAACAGAAUCCGCGAGCAUCCGCCCCGCAUCAAGCCAUCAACGAAGCCAUUCGGAGACUUCUACGAUCUUGGCGAUGAGCUGGGACGUGGUGUGCAGGGUGUCGUGUACCACGCUGCUGAGAGACUCACUGGUCGCAACUACGCCGCCAAGAUCAUGCACGGCCACUCCGCCCUGAAGCCGUUCAUGAAGAACGAACUCGAUAUCAUGAACCAGCUUAAUGAUAUCCACCUCAUCCGUCUACAUGAUGCUUAUGAACACGACCACACACUGGCGCUGGUUACCGAGCUGGCUGGAGGUGGUGAACUUGUCAGAGACAGACUGCUCCGCAGCACAGGUUACACGGAGAGCGACAUCGCCGGCUACAUCAGACAGCUGCUCAGAGGACUCAAGUACAUGCAUGACAACAGCAUUGCACAUUUGGGUCUUACGAUUGGAGAGCUUCUACUGUCUCACGCUGGUUCCGAUCAGCUGAAGAUCUGCGACUUCGGUCUCUCGCGCAAAAUAAUGUUCAACAAGCUGGCUUCGCUUGACUACGGCUUCCCUGAAUACGUGGCACCUGAGAUCGCCGGAGGCGAAGGCGUCUCAUUCAACGCCGAUAUGUGGAGCGUCGGCAUCAUUACCUACAUCCUGCUGAGUGGCCACUCUCCCUUCAGAGGAAUCAACGACCGUGAAACCCUCAUCAGGAUUCGAGACGGGAAGUGGGACUGGCACGACGAGGAAUGGUGGUCGAGACUCAGUCUGGAAUGCCGAGACUUCAUCUCAAAGCUGCUGGUAUACCGCUGGGAGGACAGAAUGGAUGUAAACGCCGCCCUGAAUCACCCCUGGCUGACCGGAGCCGACAGGAUGCGAUCGGACGAAUACAUCAUCAGCACGGAUCGGCUAAGGAACUACUACAAUUUGUACAGGGACUGGACCAGCAACGCCCAUUGCCGCAACUGGUUCAGACGUAAACCACUGAGUGGCGCCUUCGAACACCCGUCCAAGAUGGUCUACCCGCCCGGAGAGAUCUACACACCUGAAGGCACGCCGGAGCGCUCGUCGCGCGACCGAGGCGGAAGUCCGUUGGACCUCAAGUUCAAGCAGUGGGAACAUCCUGACUGGGAGGUCACCGCCACUUCCGAGAGCCACUACCAGAAUGGGCCAGACACAUACCUGCUGCAGCUGCGUGAUGUUGGCUUCCCGGUUCGUCUACGCGAGUACAUGAAGGUUGCCUGCAACCGCUCUAUUGCGUACAAUAUCAGCGUCAACGACUCUUACGAUCCGAGGACGCCCAUCAUCCGUGAGCGCCGUCGCUUUACCGACAUCAUGGACGAGGAGAUCGAUGACGAGUGCCGCGAGCGCAUCAACAACUACGGCACGGAGUCCUACACCAUACGACGACUACGACACGAGCUCGGCACGAGACUGGACAGCUAUGCGGAGGCCCAGGCCUUCAUGGAGUCUAAGAAGGACGGACAAUUGCCGUUCUUUAGGGAGAAACCUCAAAUAUUGCCUAUCAGGGAUGGAGAGCCCGCACAGUUCUCGUGCUUCGCCGUCGGCGACCCGAAACCAAGCGUCCAGUGGUUCAAGAACGACAUGGUCAUCGCCGAAGGCAAUCGCAUCAAGAUCGAGCAGGAUGAGGAGGGACGCUCCACCAUCAAGUUCGAGCCCGCCAUGCACCACGACAUCGGCUUCUACAAGGUUGUUGCUAGGAACAAGGUUGGACAGACAGUCGCUAGGACAAGGAUCGUUGAAGCGGCAACGCCAGAUGCUCCAGACAGUCCUACAGCUGCAGAUGUCUCCGACACUGAGGUCCUACUCCGAUGGAAGCAGCCCAAAUACGACGGAAACUCUCCAGUUAUUUGUUACGAUUUACAGUACAAGGAGGGCGAUAGCAUUGAAUGGCGUGACGUAGCUUCCAACAUAGACCACGAAUUCUACGUUCUCAGAGACCUCAAACCGAACACCAGCUACCAAUUCCGUUUGGCAUCUAAAAAUAGAAUCGGCUGGAGCGACAAGGGAAUUCCGACCAACUUAGUCAAGACAAUGGAAGCCGGCGCGCCUAAAAUCGAAGUCACGAAAGCCAUGAGGCAUUUACAGCAAAUCACAGAGUCCGGACAAGAAGUCGUUCUGGAUGAAGAUAGGCCUAAGCUCAAUUAUGAAACUGAAGAGAAUCCUAUCGAAUGGGAAUCCUCGGACAACUUCACUGAACGCUACAGCUUCAUAUCUGAACUGUGGCGCGGAAAGUUCUCAAUCGUAGUCAAAGGCGUCGACAAACGCAACGACAGCGUAGUAGUCUCAAAAAUUCUAGAAUACAAACCAGAAACGGAGGUUCUAAUUAAGAGGGAAUUCGAAUGCCUAAGACGAUUAAGGCAUGAAAGAAUAUCGAAUCUCUUAGCCGCUUACCAAGCGCCUGGCUCGCCUGUAGCAGCUUUCAUUAUGGAGAAACUCCAAGGCGCUGAUAUCCUCACCUACUUAUCUAGCAGACACGAUUAUACUGAGCAGAUGGUAGCGACUAUAGUGACUCAGAUUCUGGACGGUCUUCAGUACUUGCACUGGAGAGGUUACUGCCACUUGGAUCUGCAGCCUGAUAACGUCAUUAUGGCAUCAGUCAGGUCAAUCCAGGUGAAAUUGAUCGAUUUUGGCUCAGCGCAUAAAGUUACGAAGCUUGGCACGAGCGUGCCGCAGGUCGGAGAUUUGGAUUACAAAGCGCCUGAGAUCGUGACAGACGAGCCAGCAUUCCCACAGACAGACAUCUGGUCACUCGGUGUCCUCACGUACAUCAUGCUGUCCGGAGUCUCGCCAUUCCGAGGGGUUGAUGACGCGGAGACUAAACAGAACAUCGCCUUUGUGCGGUACCGGUUUGAGCACCUAUACAAGGAGAUCACACAGGAAGCGACCAGGUUCCUGAUGUUCCUGUUCAAGAAGGUCCCCUUGAAACGACCCACGGCCGAAGAAUGCCACGAGCAUCGUUGGUUGACGCAGUCAGACUUCAUGAACAAGAAGAGAGAGAGAGCCGUGUUCUUAGGCAACAGGCUAAAGGAAUUCUCUGACCAAUACCACGAAAGGAAGGCCGCCGAAGCAGCUCAAGUGGACAUGUCUGCGACCGUGUCCUCGGCCUUCGGACAGGCGCGGCGGCUCAUGCGGUCCAACAGCAUCCAGGAAGAGUUGCAGACCAACUUCCAGAGCCAUUAGGGCAUCUACUUAAGUCUGUAAUGUUAAGGCUAGCGGGCUAAAGGAAACUUUAGCACGACUUGAGUGAGUCGCGGACCUUCAUAUAUCAAGUCACGUGAUAUAAGAAGUUGCGUGACUUACAGCGAUACAGAUGUAGGAUAAACACUAAAACAAUACCUUUUAAUUCUUUAGAUGUCAAUGGUAACGAAUGGAGUUAGCCUUAACACUACAAAAGAAUAUACACAGGUUUAGGAACAUCAAAUCAAAUACUUAUGUAUGGUAGGUAUCUUUAUGCCUUAUACCUAUACCAUGAGUCCAGGCAAGGGUAUAAAUCUAGAAAACAAGGAUUUGGUGUUGUUUUUCAGUCUCUGUAUAUUACAGUUGCAUCAUUUUACGCCGAGAUGUUUACCCCAAUAUAUCACACCAUAGGCUGAAACGGUAAACUCAUACUCGGAGUACGAACAUAAUUUAAUCAGGGUUGCCACUUGCCAGAAAGGGGUUCAAAGUGAUAUUUCCAAGUGUCAUUUAUCAUCAUCAUCAAAAAGUCUAGUCAUGAAGGAGUCUUGUUACGACAGUUUUGUUACUUUGUUAAGCUAUUUAUUGUAUACAAUUUUUACUAUUUAUUAUAUUUAUACUAAUUCGUAUGGUGCUCCAGUAUUAAUCUGAUUAAUAAAGAGCAUUCAUUUGC